CCUCCACUGUGCCACCGUUGUGGGCGGCGGAGCGAGAGGUUCCUCACCCGACGCUCCAAUCGCAAAGGAAACGCCAACCGCCCCUUUUACAAAUGCCAACGUUGCGACAAGUUCCUGUGUUUCGCAGACCGCAGGGGUAAUAUCCCUGACAAUCCAUCCUGUCACUGUGGCGCUUCAAGCAAGCAGCAGUUGGCUGGUAGGGAGAAGAAGGUUCCCCGUGGAGUACACUUCGUUUGUAGGCUAGGGGAAUGCGACUUCUACCAGCCGCAUUUUGACAGGAGCGGGAGACAGGUCACGGUGGAUGAUGACGAUCUUGUACGUCGCUUUGCGGAGCUUGGAUUCUUGUAA